AUGGCAGAAAGUCAAACGCAUGACAUCACCGGCGGAGGUGUCCUUGGGGAGAGUAGGGUGAUCAAGUCUGGGGUGGAGACCACCUGCAAGUGCCACGGUGUAUCAGGAUCUUGCACGGUGCGGACCUGCUGGAGGCAGCUGGCCCCGUUCCACGAGAUCGGCAAGCUGCUGAAGCUCAAGUACGAGACGUCACUGAAGGUGGGCAGCACCACCAACGAGGCAACGGGCGAGGGGGACAUCACCCCGCCCAAGAAGCCCCCCGUCCCCGCCGCCCCUGCCGCUGCCGCCGCCGCCGCUGCUGCUGCCCACCACCACCAGAUCCCAAGGACUACUGACCUGGUGUACAUCGACGACUCGCCCAGCUUCUGCAGGCCGAGCAAGUACUCCCCGGGCACCGCCACCAGGAAGUGCUACAAGGACAAGAACUGCGAGAGCAUCUGCUGCGGCAGGGGCCACAACACCCAGAGCAGGGAGGUGAAGAGGCCGUGCCAGUGCCAGGUGCGCUGGUGUUGCUACGUGGAGUGCAAGCAAUGCAUGCAACAGGAGGAGAUCUACACCUGCAAAGACUAGCCCGCUUGGCGGAGGCGAGCUGAGAGAGAGGGCAAGGGAGCAGAGCGGAGAUGUGGGAGUAGUGUGUGUGUGUGUGUGUGUGUGUGUGUGUGUGAGG